ACUCUGACAACACCUGCUCCAUUUGCUGAUGAAACAAGCUGUCAGUGCCAAGCCCCCCACGAGAAGCUAACCAUCGCACAAGCCCGCCUGGGAACACCAGUUGACAGACCUGUCAGAGUGUAUGCAGAUGGGAUAUUUGACCUCUUCCACUCUGGCCAUGCUAGAGCUCUUAUGCAAGCCAAAACUCUAUUUCCAAAUAGCUACUUACUAGUAGGAGUUUGCAGUGAUGAUUUAACUCAUAAAUUCAAAGGCUUCACUGUGAUGAAUGAAACUGAGCGAUAUGAAGCCCUCAGACACUGUCGCUAUGUGGAUGAGGUCAUCAGAGAUGCACCCUGGACACUGACACCCGAGUUCCUUGAAAAACAUAAGAUUGACUUUGUAGCCCACGAUGACAUCCCAUACUCCUCCGCUGGCUCGGAUGAUGUAUACAAACACAUAAAGGAGGCAGGAAUGUUUGUACCAACGCAGAGAACCGAAGGUAUCUCCACAUCUGAUAUCAUCACAAGGAUCGUGCGGGACUAUGACGUGUAUGCCCGGCGCAAUCUCCAACGAGGAUACACCGCCAAAGAGCUGAAUGUUAGUUUUAUAAACGAGAAGAAAUACCGCUUUCAAAACCAAGUGGACAAAAUGAAAGAAAAAGUCAAGAAUGUGGAGGAAAAAUCAAAAGAAUUUGUUUACAAGGUGGAAGAGAAAAGCCAUGACCUCAUUCAGAAAUGGGAAGAAAAGUCCAGGGAAUUUAUUGGCAACUUUUUAGAGCUGUUCGGACCUGAUGGAGCCUUG